AUGGCGGACCGAAAAGUGUUGGUCCUCGGCGGCACAGGGCCUGCUGGCAUCUGCUUGCUCCGCGAGCUCGUCUUCCGCAAAUACUCGACCAUUGUGUUUGCGAGAAGCCCAGACAAGGUCCCGCAAGACCUGGCCACCAACCCACUGAUUGAGAUCAUCAAAGGCGACGUCAACGACGCAGCCGCCAUGUCUGCCGCCGUGGCCCGCAGCUCCGCCGUCCUCUCCCUCCUGGGCCCCGACAUCUCGCGAGACAGGAAAAUCGACCCUUCCUUCUUCCCCGACAUCUACUCCAAGUCCGUGUUCCCGGCGAUGAAGCAGCACGGGGUCAGGCGCAUCGUGGCCAUGGGCACCAUCGCCAUCAAGCGGCCCGACGACCGCUGGACGCUCAUGCAGACCACCUUGGGCCUCCUCAUGCCCCUCCUCGCCGGCAACCUUUACCGCACGGUGCAGAACAUCGCCCACGUCUUCGAGCACGAGUCGCAGGGCCUGGACUGGACCAUCUUCCGCAUCGCCGCGAUCCCGGGCGAGUCCGACGAGGCCAGCUGGCGAAAGGACCGCGAAGGCGAGCUAUACACCGGGCCGGUCGGCGAGAAGGGGUGGCAGUCGUCGAUCAAACGGUCGGCCUUGGCCCGCUGGAUCGUGAACGCCAUGGAGGGCAAGGCCGACGCCUGGAUCGGCAAAAUGCCCGCAGUCAGCAACGUGUAA